AUGGACAGCAACCUCACGCUUCUGAAUCAUGUGCGUUUUGCUCCUAGACUGCAGUCGGGGGAUUUUGGAAGUAGGGCGACUGAAGGCAACAUGGCACAGUGCUGGGAAAACAUAGCUGUCAAAAAGAAGCCUAGUACACAACUCAACUUAGUGACAGGAUUUUUCCAACACCUGCGUGAUGAACAAGAAGAGGUGCAAAAACGGACAUUCACCAAAUGGAUCAAUUCUCACUUGGAAAAGCGUAAUCCUCCCCUGGUGGUGAUAGACCUGUUUCAAGACAUAAAGGAUGGAGUGGUCCUGCUGGCUCUUCUGGAAGUCCUGUCGGGACAGAAGCUGCCGUGCGAACAGGGCCGGAAGCUGAAGAGGAUCCACUGGGUUGCUAACAUCGGCACUGCGCUUAAAUUUCUGGAGGGCAGGAGGUCUGUGUAUAGGGGAUCGCCGAUUAAAUUGGUCAACAUCAAUGCGACAGAUAUUGUUGACGGGAGACCGUCCAUAGUACUGGGCUUGAUUUGGACCAUCAUCCUUUAUUUCCAGAUAGAGGAGUUGACCAGCAAUCUUCCAGCCUUACAGACUCAGUCCAGCAGCACAUCUUCAGUGGAUAGCUCUAACAGCUCAGAGGCCACCAGCUCGCCUGUCAAAUGCAAACCUCGCCUUUCAUUCCAGGGCGGGGCCAAGAGGGCUCUUUUUAAAUGGGUGGAAAGCACAGUCACCAAGAGAUUAGGAAUCGAAGUGAAGGAUUUCGGCCCUAGCUGGCGCACGGGAGUUGCUUUUCAUGCCAUCAUCUUUUGCCUCCGACCACACCUUGUCAACAUGGACCGUGUUUGGAGAAGGCCAAACAGAGAGAACCUGGAGGAAGCCUUUUCAUUGGCUGAGAAGGAGCUAGGGAUUCCGCGGCUACUCGACCCAGAAGAUGUGGACGUUGAUAAACCGGAUGAGAAGUCGAUCAUGACGUAUGUGGCUGAGUUCCUGAAGCACCACCCUGACCCCCAAGAAGCACCGACAGAGGAGUUGUCUGAGGAGUUUGCUCUUACACCUCGAGCCAUUGAGGAAAUGUUAGAGAGGGAGAAGCGGAAGGGAUUGAAGGAGCUGAAGGUGUGGUUGGAUCAGCUGGAGAGAGAUUGUGAAAGGGCACAGAGCACAGGAGGAAGUCUCAGUCAGCAGUAUCAGGCCUUUAAAUAUUACCGUGUUCAGUAUGAGCUGAGGAGGAAGCAGGCUGAGUCAUCCAUUCAGUCCACUCAGAAAGACGGGAUGCUUACAGUGGACCAGGCUUUGGUCAAGCAGGUCUGGGAUAGAGUGUCCAUCAAGCUCCUCGACUGGCACCUGGAGUUGGACGGCAGGUUGCCAGGUGCUCUGGGGGAGGUGGGGUCGUGGCUGCACCAGGCAGAAGGAGCUUUACGAGAGGAGCCUGCUCCUCAUCAGACGCAUGAUGAAAGUGCAGAGGCCAUUCACAGAACACGCCAGCAGCACCAGGAGAUCUUCAGGAGCCUUGAGGAACACAAGGAGACUUUUCAGGUUAUCCACAGAGACGGCUGUGUCAAUGGAGUUCCCAUUCCCGCAGAGCAACUCCAGGACCUGGCUGAGAGACUCAACUAUGUGUCUAGUGUCUCACACACUCACAUGUGCAAACUGGAAUUCUUGGAGCUGAAGAAUCGUAUGUUGGCAUUUCUAAUGUUGGCGGAGUCCAAGCUCAAGUCCUGGAUUAUUAAAUAUGGUCAACGUGAGUCCCUGCAACUGCUGCUGCAAAAUUAUACUUCAUUUGUGGAAGAACAGCAGUUCUUUGAGAAGUAUGAGGCCCUGCACAAUGCACUGACACAGGCUGCAGAGCUUUACAUGAAGGCUGAUGGCUCGGCUGAGGAGGGCGUGAGGCGUUUUUUGAGGCUUGUGGCUGUUCAGUGGAGAAGUCUGGCUGUUGAGGUACGCAGUGUUAAGUCCAUGCUGGAUGAGGUGCUCUCCAACUGGGAGAGAUAUAACAACUGCGUCACCUCUCUCCAAGCUUGGCUGGAAGAUGCUCAGGGAGCACUCAGACAGCCUGAGAACACCAAACGGGAAUUCUUCCGGAACCUUCCUGACUGGAUCGAGAAACAUGCUGUGAUGAACGAUGCAGGUAACUUCCUCAUCGAGACAUGUGAUGAGACUGUGUCACGUGACCUGAAGCAGCAGCUGCUACUGCUCAACGGGAGAUGGAGGGAGCUCUUCGUCAAAGUCAAGCAGUAUGCCCGUCUUGAAGACCCUGAACAGAUUCAAAAGGACUGCCAGGAAGCUGUCUCGUCUCUCAGACAGUUUCUGGAAUCUUCCGAGGCCAAACUGAACUUACGUGUUGAAGUCUCUCUUCUGGGUGUUAGGGCUUUCGUGCAGGAUGUUGAGGAAAUCAAGCACAGUGUUCCAGCCAUGGAGACACAGUAUAAAAUGGCUGUCCGUUCUGCACAACUCCUCUCCAAAGACACUCUCCAUGAGGAACGCUCUCAAACACUCUCCAACAUUACAAAGUUCAAAGCACAACUAAACAAGAUAAAGGAGAAGUGUGUGUUGUUGCUGAAGGAGUGCCAGUCACUGCUACCUCUGCUGGAGGAACUUGAGAGACACAUCUCAACAUUCUACCAAACUGUAGAGCAAGCUGGACGCAUCAUCACAGAUGGACAUGACAAAGUCAAGUGUAAGGAGCUCCAAUCCCAUCAGCAGACAUGUAAAAGGUGUCUGUGUGCAGUGGAAAGAAGCCACCAUGGCUUGCAGAGGUCACUGUGUUAUGCUAAAACCCUACGCAACUUUGACCCGUCACUCCUGCAGAACAGAGUGACUGAACUUCAGACCACUGCACAGGCUAUGAUGAGGGAGGCUGCAGAGUGGAGAAGGGUUGCAGAGGCCAACAGUAACCUGACCCGGAGGUUUGAAGAGUCCCGUGCGGAGCUUGAAAAAGUGCUCCGGAUCGGCCAGGCGUGUCUAAAGGAGAGAGGCGACCCUGAGGAGCUGCUACGCAAACAUAAUGAGUUCUUUGGGAGAAUGGACCAGCGGACUCUGAGUGUGUUCCUGAAGGCAUGUGAUGACCUCACAGAUAUCUUACCAGAGGAAGAGCAGAGAGGGCUUCAGGAGACUGUGAGAAUGCUACAUAAACAGUGGAAGGAUAUCCAGGCAGAGGCCCCAUCCCAUCGGCUACGUCUGAGGGUGGAGGCUGAGCGUCGCAGAGUUGCGGCGGUGCUACAGGACUGUAAGGUGGAGCUACACAGAGAAGACAAGGCCUUAUCCACAGCCAGCAGUGAAAGAGUGAUCCGAGAACACAGGUCUUUCUUCAGAGAUAAAGAUCCUCUGUCUGCAUGUGAGAGGAGACUGAAAACCAUGGAGGAGCUCUGUCAGAACCUUCCGGAGAAUGACCCAGCCCAGAGAGCUUUAGCCCAAACCAGAGUUGCUGUGUCAGAGCUCAGAGAUCUCGUGGAGAAAAUGCAUGAAAGACUCCAGCAGCACCCAGACAAGUGGAAGGAGUGGAAGGCCAGGUUCGGAGAGCUCUCUGAUUGGCUGUCCACACAGCAGAGUCAGGAGUUGCUGUUGAGCGGGAACAAGAAUUCCACUGUGCAGGUGAUGAGAGGAGCAGUGAGAGCUCAGAGGGAGACUCUUGUCUGGCUGAGGAGUCGUCUGGGAGUGUUGGAGGAGCUUUGCCCAGGACCUGAGGUUCAGACACAGAGAGCAGCUUUAGAGAGACUCUCUACUGACCUCAAUGCACUUCUGUCCUCUCUGACCGAGGAUGUUUCUGGAGUAACUAAUGGUGAUAAAAUGGUAAAGGUGAAGGCUGAGGUCGGAGUGGUGCAGGAGGAAGAGGAGGAGGACGAAGAGGAGAAACAUAUCUCUAGGAUUUUGAACGCCGAAAGUGCCACAGAAGCCAAACAGUUACUCCUCAUUCAUCAGCAACAUCUCAAGUCUUUGCAGGCCAAGGUGAAGGAUGUCAAGCUGCAGCCCAGUGAAGCAGAGCCUUUCAGGAUGGCUCGGGAGAAAAACCUGCAGGCCACUGUUAGUGCAUGGCUAGAAUUUGAGCGGGAAAGGGACGCAGUGUGGGAGUAUGUGUGCAGUGCCACUCCCAUCCUGCAGAGGGAACUCAUUUUCAGCAGUCUGGAGGACCUCACAGCACACCUUGAACAUGCUAGGGAACUACACAUACAGAGUGAAACUUUCACCACACGGGCAGAACGUCUCUUGAAGAUGGCAGCUGAGAUCCAACUUGGUCAGCCCAACAAAUCUUUACUCUGGAACCAGGCCAAGACCAGUAAAGAGAAAGUCCAAGAAAUACAGAGAAACUUCAGAAAAAUAGUGACUAAGAUGGAGAUAAUGCAGACUUGGUGGCAGCGCUUCAACAGAGAAUCCGAGUCUUUCUCCUCUUGGGUGUGUGAGAAAGAGAGAGAGGUGGAGUCUGUGUCUGAUUCCUCCACUCCACUGGACACACAGAUUCAUUCUGUUCAGAUGGUAGGGGCGGGGCUGGAAGAGAGGGCAGCGGUAUUGAGUAGACUGGAGGCGGAGUUUCAGACGAUUACCCAGUUCAUGACUCCAGGGGAGGCAGGGCGAGUGAAGGCCAGAUUAGCCCAGAUUGGCAGAUACUGGGAGGAGCUUAAAGAGAGUGUGGAUCAGAGAGGGGUGGAGCUUGACGAGAGCUCCUCCCACAGUAAGAGCUUCAUCUCAGAUCUGGAUGAGGUGAAAACUGCAAUGCAAGAGCUCACUGAUAAACUGAAUGAGCCAGUCACCUGUACAUCACCAUCAGAGACAUACAAGGCUCUAAACGAACACAUGGAUGUCGGGCAGACUCUGAAGCAGCUGAAGCCCAGGCUGGUGUCUUUGAGUCUGGGUUUGAGAAGGCUGGCUGACAGGGGUCAGAUGGAGGGAGAGAUUGCAAGCCUCCACCAGAUUCAUACACUACACACACAGCAGGCAAUAGAGAAACAGACCACUCUUGAAAACCUGCUGACCCUAUGGCAGAAGUAUGAGAGGGAUCACUCAGUUUUGAAGUUUUGGCUAGAUAGAUGUGAGUCUGUCUGUAGCCAAGACUCUCCUUACCUGUCUACAGACAAAGCCAAACUACAAAACCAACUACAAGUACUACAGGACCUCCAGUCCAAGGUCCUUGCUCAUGAGUGUCUGUGUGUGGAGCUUAAGACGCUUGGGGCAUCCCUUUAUCCCAUGGCCCCAGAGGAGAGGGUACGAGAGCUCACAGAUGACCAGAGAAACCUGGAGGAGAGAUGGAACUCAUUCAGCAAGACCUUGCCUCUCAGGAUUCAGCAGCUACAGUCUCAUCUCUCUCAGCUGGAGCAGUUUGACCACACCCUGCUUGGUCUCACCCAAUGGAGUGAGAACUUCCUCUGUCACCUCAGAGCUACCUCACUAAUCAACAUCAGCAACCUAUCAACAGCCAAAGCCCAGGUCAAGGAUGACAGGACAUCUCUUGAAACCCAGCGCAACAUCACAGAGGAUUUACAAAAACAAGUGGGUGCUCUCUGCCUUUGCUGUGACCCACAGGAGCUCCAGCAUCUCCAGGCUCGGAGAGAGGACUGCCUACAACUGUUCAGUGAAGCUCAGAGCCUGGUGCAGCACCGAGGUGAGGCUCUAGUCGAACUAGAAGCCUUCCUGGAGGCCCACCAAGCUGCGAGUGACUCCAUCCAGCAUCUCCAAGGGACUGUUGAGGGAGGGAGGAGUUGGGAUCACUCAAAGGCUGAUAAUCUGCACAAGGAGCUGGGGGAGAUGGCCCAGGAGGUUGCUGCUUUGGAGGAACGGACACCUGUUGUGGACGGCAGCCUGAGUAAAGCCCGCCUCAAUCUGGGCACAGCGAAUGGCAGUAGAACGUCCUGCAGAGGACUGGCCGAUGCCCUGGGGGUGGGGCUUCAGACACUGCAGAGGACUGUGGGUAUGAAACAGAGUGAAGCUGAGAUGUUAGGAGCUAUGUGGAGCUCCUUUAGGUCACGAAAGGAGCUGCUCCUUAGGAGCCUGAAAGAACUGGAGGAGAGGGCCUCUGCUUGGGGAACACUGGAGGCCAGUGUCCAGGCCUUUCAGCAAAGGCUGUGGAUGUUGAAACAGCUGGAGGAUGAGCUCCAGGCUCUACAGCACACUCAGCUGUGGUUAGGGGAGAAAGGAGCUCGCCUUGCUCGGGCUGACUCUGAGGAAACAGGGGAUGUACAGAGAGAGGUGGACCAGGUUCAGUCCACCUGGGACAAUAUCAAAAGGCUCAUUUCUGAUGGUCAAGAGCAGUGUGGUCUGCUGGUGGAGCUCUUUAAGGACUACCAGAACCUUCUUUCCAGUAUCAGCUCCACAGUGCAGCGAGCUGAGAUGGUCACUACUCUCCAGUCUGACCUCAAUAACCCGGGAGACAUUGGGAGAACAUUAUCACGGCUUAAGGUAGUAAGGCCAGAAUUAGCCGGAACUCAGGAGGAGCUGAAUUUGUUCAUCAGUAAAAGCAAACAUCUGCUGAGUGAGCUGAAGAAGCUUCCAGAAUGUGAUGUCCAGAGCAUCAGGAGUGAGAGAGAUGCUCUUGUUGACCAUUGGCUUGAUGUCUCUGACAAAAUGGACACUGAUAUUGAUCGUCUCUCUCGCUCGAUGGCGCUGUGGAACGAUAUCGAUAAAAUGGCUGAUGACAUUGAACGCUGGGCUGAUGUCUCAGUCUCUGAGUUCAGCAAGGUCACCACUAACAUGCCAACCAGUCGCAGCAUCGAAGAACACCUCUCCAUGUUCAAGCUGGAGUUAGAGAGGAAGCGGCAGGCAAUGCAAGACUUUAGAGAGAAAGUGAAUGAGUUACAGGAGCUUAUCAGAAACCAACAACCACCCAGUGAACUCCAGAUUAAGGAGGGAGAUUUGAGAAGGAAGAUCUGUCACGUUCAAGAGGUUUAUGAACAGACCAGAAUCACGGUCCAGGACUUCAACUCACAGAAACAGAGGAUAGAUGACCUCAUUUCCCAGAUAACACUGCAGCUGAAGACCUCAGAGGACUCACUGUCCCAACUGUCUAAAGCAUCUGAACCAGAGGAUUUAUCAAAAAUAAAGGAGAUCCAGAAAAUUCUCAAACAGUUGGAAGACAGUUUGGAGUCUGCAUGUGAGUCUCUGGGCGUGCUCUGUAGAGCUUACCCAUCUCAGCAGUUAACCCGACUUAGCGAUGACAUCACUGACUUAGUCAAGAGGAGUGAGUCUGCUGCCCAGCGCUGUACCCAGGUCUUAGGGUCACUCCAGGACACCCUGCUCCAUCAUUUUAGUGAGGAAACUCAGAACUUCCUGCACUGGCUCUCAGACUUGGAGAAAGAGAUAGAAGACUGCAUUGAGCCAUCAGGAGAUGCUUCUGUUAUUUCAGCUAAGCUUCAGAAAGUCAAGAUGGCGCUAGAACGUGAAGGGGAAGGCAAGGAGCUCUUGGGGAGAGUCUGUGAGGAAGGAGAGAAACUCUUGGUGCAUCUCCCUAAAACUGGGGCUGGAGGAGUCCAAGAACAUCUAGCCUCCUGCCAGGGCAACUGGGAUGCAUUUGUGAUACGAUGCCAACAGAUGCAGCAAGACCUGGAGAAGAGUGCCGCCCUACUGCAUGGAUUUGAUGAACGUGUGGAACUGCUGAGAGACUGGCUGCAGCAGAUGGAGAUGAGCCUGCAGACAGAGCCUCGUCAGCAGGGAGAGAGACAGCAGGAAGUCCCUGACACUGCCGCGGAGCUGGAGAGAAUAGAAGAGCUCCACCGAGUGCUACUCAAGAGGAGGCCAUCUCUGGAGCGUCUGUACCAGGACUCUUUGACUCUGACUGAAGGGGGUGUAGGCUCAGGAAUGGAGGUCAAAGUGUCUGCAGAGCUGCUCUCCAUUCAUCAGGAGCUGCUCCAGGGGCUCAGGGCUCGUCUCCGCAGCCUGCAGGAGGGCAAGCAGCUGGGGGAGACACUGAGGGAGGUGUGGGGUUGGCUGGAAGAUGUGCAGGGCAGACUGGGAGAGCUGCAGAGUACUGAGGGUAACAAAGAGGAGCUGGAGGAGAGGCUGGAGAAAGUUCAGGAUAUCCUCCUGAUGAAGGGUGAGGGAGAGGUGAAGCUAAACAUGGCUGUCGGGAAGGGCGAACACGCCAUCAGGAGCGGCGGGAAGGCAGGACAGGAAGUCAUCCGUGCACAGCUAAAGGAAGUAGAGGACGCAUGGGUUGAGCUACUCACAAAAGCAAUGGGCUGUCACAGUCAGCUGGAGUGGACAGUUACCCAGUGGUGGCAGUACCUGGAGGCUCACGGCCUGUUACAGAGCUGGUUAAAAGGGGUGGAGAGGGAGGUUAAAGGACCCCUGGAGCCCCAGCUGGGCUUGAGAGAGAAAACCCUCCAGCUUCAGAGACUGCGCUCACUGCAGGCAGAUGUCCAGGACCACCAGGGGGCCCUGUCCCAUUUAGAGGAGAGCUCCGCUGAGCUAUAUAAACAGACCAGAGAUUUGUCAUUUGGAGAGGAGACGAGGGCACAACUCAGGAAACAGUUUGAGGACGUCAGGGCGGCUGUGGAGGAGAGAGUCAGACUCUCGGAGUCCGUUGUACGUGAACAUGAGGAAUACAGUGGGUCAGUGAGGGAGUUUACUGAUUGGCUGAUGGUGGCAGGUGAGGAACUUCAGCGAUGGUCUGACCCAUCAGGCGACUCUGCCUCCAUUCAGAGGAAGCUAACAGAAGUGAGGGAGCUGUUGGAGCGAGGAGUGUGCGAGGGUCGUGAGGGUUUGCAGCGUGUGCGGCGGAACGCGGAGCGAGUUGGCACCCACACGGCGGCGGGGGGCUGUGAACUGAUGGACAGGGAGGGAGCAGCGCUCGCUCGAGCCCUGCAGCAAUGGGAGGGGGCGUCGCUAAGGGCCCGGGAUGCCUUGGAGACGGCGGUCGCCGCGACGACCAGCUCCGAGAGGGAGCAAGCGCGUCUGACGGAGCAGCUGGAGGGAGAGAUCAAGGAGCUUGACACACGAUUAAGAGAGUGGAACGAGGGACUGUGCAAAGCGGAGAGAAGGAACAGCGGACCAGAGGCAGUGGAGGGAUGGCUGGUCGCUAAGGACGUGCUGGAGGGGCUUCUCACAGCCGAACCCAUGGCAGAGAGGUUAAAGGCUCAGCUUAAUGAACUCUGUCGUUUCUCUCAGGAUCUUGGGCCGCACUCGGACAGGGUCACGGCCCUCAUCAAACGACACAACAGUCUCAGUCUCCGUGCCUCCCGGGAGUGUCAGAACAAGGAGAAGCUGCUGGAACAGCGAUUCCGCUCAUCUCUGCGUGAAUUCCGCCAGUGGCUGGUCAACGCUAAGAUCAGCACAGCAAAAUGCUUUGACUCGCCUCACAGCAUCCAGGAAGCCUCUGCCGCCCUCCAGAGGAUCCAGGAGUUUAUGGGUGAGAAAGAACAGGGCCAGGCCAGAUUAAACGCUGUCGUAGCUCAUGGAGAGCAACUUAGUGAUGUGGUGGCGACAGACAGGGUGGAGGCCAUCCGAGUCAAAGCAGCUAGUGCCAGAGAGGACUGGACAAGUCUGAUGAGUAACCUACAGAGACAACAGGCAGCCUUACAGGAUCUGCUGUCUCAGAUGAAUGACUUUGAGGCUAGCAUGGAGCCUCUUCAGGACUGGCUGAACAGAACGGAGCUCACAGUUCAAAAGAGCAGCGCUCGACUACAUGACCUGCCAGCCAAAAGACAGGAGCUCAGCAAACUACAGUCGGUUCUGGACGAGGUUUCCUCUAAGGAGGCUGAACUGGGUAGACUGAGGGAGAGAGCACACCAUCUGUGGGAAGGACAGACCACUGGCAAAGGCUUUGUUCAUCGGGUUUGCCAGCUAGCUGCCCAGUACCUCGCUCUGAGCAACCUGACCAAGGAGAAAGCCUCGAGAAUGGAGCGGGUUGUUGGAGAACACCAGUUCUUCUCUCAGGGUCUGAAGGAGCUGCAGACCUGGGUCUCAGAAGCGCAACAGAUCCUCAGGACGUGUUGCUCUCCCACGGCAGACAAGAGUGUGCUGGACAGCAGAAUGGGCCAGCUGGAGGCUCUGCUCACGGCUCGGCAGGAGCGAGAGAUCCAGCUAAAGAUGCUCAUCACCAGAGGUGAAUCGGUGCAGAGAAACACGUCAGCUGAGGGUGUGCCCGUUGUCCGCAAACAGAUGCAGGACCUCAAAGACUCCUGGGACUCACUCCUCUCUGCCACCAUCCAGUGCAAAAGUCAGUUGGAGGGGGCCCUGUCCCAGUGGACGAGUUAUCAGGAGGACGUGUGCCAGUUUGAGUGCUGGAUGGAAAGGGUGGAAGAGAGUCUGGGAAACUCCGACAGACAUUACUCUGAAAUGAGAGACAAGACGGCCAACCUGGGCAGAGCCAAGCUGCUUUAUGAGGAGGUCUUGAGUCACUGUAGCCCUCUGGAGACUAUUGCCACCAAAGGGUCCAGUAUGACAGAGCACUCUGCCACUCAACAGGAGGUCCUGAAACUGAGAGCGAGAUACACAGCCAUAAAGGAAAAAGCCAAAGCUGCAGUCAGUAAAGCAGAGGAGCUGGUUCUAGCUCACCAGGAGUACCAGAGAGACCUGCAUAUGUUUGAGGACUGGCUUGAACAAGAACAGGGGAGUCUGGGCCAACUCUCCAACCAUGAUGGAGAUGUGGAAUCCCUGGAGACUGCCAUUAAGGAGGUGCAAAUGCUUCAGCAUCGCUGUGCAGAUGGCCAGAACCUACUCGGUUCUGUUUUGGCAAGUCGAGAGGGGGUCAUUCCUUGGGGUGUUCCUCAGAUUGAGGAUCGGGCUCUUGAAACUGUGCAGAGAGAUUGGCAUUGUUACCAGGACCGGCUUGGGGAGACCAAAGUCCAGCUGGACAGUGCCUUGACCAAGCUCCAACAGCUGGAACUUAGGUUCCAGACACUGGACAGUUGGCUGGAAGACAUGGAGAUCAAAACCAAGCUGAGAGCCCACCGAAGGUCUGAUCUGACAGUCAAAGAAUCCCAGUUACAACAGCUAAAGAGGUGGCACCAGGAAGCUGGGCGGUACCAGGCUGAUGUGGAGGGUCUCAGUGUCCUGGCUCAGCAGGUUCUGGAAGAUGCUCACAUAAGUGGACGGGUCAGCACCAGGGUGACCCAGCUUACAGCCCGUUACCAUGCCCUGCUUCUGCUUUUACAGGAAACAAUUAAACAGUUGCAAGAGGAGGUCCACUGCAUCAUGGAAGCUCAGAAUGCUUCCAGAACGUUCUCUGACUGGCUCAGUAGCAUGCGGCAGAAAUUUGAAGCUGCAGCUUCAAGCAAGCAGGAUUUGGAUCGUGUUGCCAUGGAGAAGAUGAUGAAGAGACUCGAGGUGAUGCAGGGGGAGAUAGACCAGGCCAACGGCCUGUUGAAGACUCUCCGGGAACGGGCUGAGCAGGCAGUUCCAUUCCUGAAUGAGACAGGAGCUGAGAGGCUGGAGAAGGAGGUGCAGACCGGGCGAACCCAGUUGGAGGAGCUGGUGACGGGGCUGCGAACGGAGCACACUGCAGUGGAGAGGAAUAUUCAGUUGUGUAAGGAGUUUCAGGACAGAUACAAGAGCCUGGUGCAGUGGCUUAUGGAGACACGAGCAGUGCUGAGCAGUACUGCAGAACCCAAAGUUGAACUCUACCAAAGGAGAGCCCAACUCGCCAAGUACAAGGCUGUAGAGCAGACUGUGUUGUCACGGGGUUCUGCCAUCAGGUCUGUUCUGGAGAAGGGAGAGGUUCUGUUGGCUCUGGUGCGUUCUCCAUCCAUUACUGACAACCUGGACAGGCUGCAGACAGACUACACUGACUUGUGUGCCACUGCAAGGGCCCACGUACUGAGGAUGGAGGGACUAGUCAGGAAGCAGGAGGCUUAUCACUGUGAACUGCAGGAAAUUGAAAAAUGGCUGCUGCAGAUGUCCAGCAGAAUGGUGACCCCUGACCCCUCCCGAGGCGAUGACCUAGAGGCAGCCACUCAGCAACUGGCCAGUCACAAGGCCAUUAUGGAGGAGAUAGCAGGGUUUGAGGAGCGUCUCACAGGGCUGAAGGAGAGAGGAGAUGACCUUGUGUCCGGUUGUAGUGAGCGACUCCAGGCUAAACUCCGCCAGCAGAUUCAGAGCCACCAACAGGGGGCCAGAGACAGCUACUCUGCCAUCUGCAGCACUGCCCAGCGUGUCUAUCAGAGUCUGGAUCGAGAACUGCAGAGACACGUCAACUUGCGGGACACCCUGCAACAAUGUCAGACAUGGCUCUGUAGUGUACAGGAGGAGCUACAGCCCCAUACACAAGCACCAUGCUGUCUUCAGGAGGCACUCACACAGGUAAAGCAGGAACGAACCUUGCAGGAACAGGCCAGUACCUACCUGCAGCUGGUGUGUUCUACAUGUGAUCUGUCAGAUGAAAAUGUGAGGCAGAUUGCUACAGAGAUCCAACAGGUUAAACUCCAGGUAGAGGAGAAGAUGGUCAUAUCUGAAGAAGUGGCAGAGAGCUGGCGAGAGAUCCAGGACCUGCGCUCUGAUCUUGAGUCGCGUCUCCGUGAGGCUGAGCAGCUCCUGCAGAACAUGUCCAGGAGGCCAGCUGAACUUGAGCCAAAGAUUGCUCAGAACCAGUUGGAGCAGGCCCAGGAUUUCACCCAGGAGCUCCAGGACAGACAAGCUGAUUUGAACCAGUUGAGGGAGAAUAUUGGAGGGCUAACAGAGGGUCAGGAGUCCCCUGACCUUAGGGAAAUUGGCCGUCUGCGCCGCUCUUGGCUUGAGCUGGGCCGGCAAGCUGCAGAAUUGCUGAAGCAAAGGGAGGAGGAUUUACAGAAGGCUGGAGACUACCAUGACUGCAUUGCUGCAGUAGAGGAGUUGUUUGACCAAGUGUCAAAGGAAUGGGAUUAUCUGUCCAGGGCAGACAUAGAGAGCACUUCUGAACACAUGGACUCCUUGAAAAAGUUGUUUACUGACCUGCAGGACCAGAGAUGUAUGCUAGAGGACCUGAAAGAACAGAAACAAGGAAUCUUGUCUCGACUCAGCCUGGAGGACAAGGACCUAGUUAAGGAGCAGGUUGGCCAUCUGGAGCAUCGGUGGACUCAACUGGAGAUGCUAAUCCAAAAGAAGAUCCAAGACUCAGCCCAGAUGCUGGAGGACUUAGGUCGUGUAGAAGAGCACCUGAGGGAGACCCGUGAGUGGGCAGAGGAGCAACAACCAAUGUUCUCUGAGACUUUGAAAGCUAGUCCUUCCCCAGACAUGGCUCAGAGCUUCUUGUUUGACCACUUGACCCUUUGCGCUGAACUGGAGGCAAAGCAACAGCUUUUAACACAGACCAUGUCAGAAGUCAGCUGCAUUGCCACUCAGUUAGGUCUGAGUGAGAGGAAGAGGCUUCAAAAUCUGGUUCAGGAAGCACAAGCAGAGGUGGAAUCGCUUGGGGUAAAAGCAGCACAGCGACGCAAAUACCUCAGCAAGGCCUUCACUGAGCAGACACAGUUUCUUCAGGCCCUCAGUAAAACUGCUGGAUGGAUUAGACAACAGGAACAAAAGGCUUUUGCUGAGGAGCAUGUGGCACUCUUGCCAGAUGACCUCUCAAAGCAGGUACGGACUUGCAAAAAUGUCGACAGCAGCUUAAGGGCUUAUCAGGGGGAACUGGCCUCACUUUGGACACAAGGACGAGAUCUUGUUAAGGAUGCAGCAGAGGAGGAAAAGGCUGAAAUUCUUCAAAAGCUUGAGGAGUUACAAAGCACCUUUGAUACUGCUUUACAGAGAUGUAGUCAGCGUCUGCUGGACCUUGAAAAGGCAUUAGUAACCAGAAAGUACUUCAAAGUGGACCUGGAGAAGAUCUGUCAGUGGUUGACAGAGGCAGAAGUAGCUACUUUUCCCGCAGUUGACUUUAGGGGGAGUGAUGAGAAACUGCAGAACCAAUUGGCAAAGUACAAUCAGUUUCUGGAACAAGCGUCAGCCUAUGAGAAUCUUUUACUUAUUGUCCAGAGGGUGGGACAAGAGAUGCUCCCCACCUUGAAUGAGGUGGACCAUUGCUACCUGGAUGAAAAAUUAAAUGCCCUUCCACAACAAUACAAUGGCAUUCUGCUGUCAACCAAAGAGAAGCGAGAUAGAGUUCAACAAGUGAUUCUUGAGAGAAGGGAAUUUGAGUCUCUCAUUGAGGUGACCCGAAAGGCUUUAGAGGAACUUCAGGAUCAGUGCAAUACCUUGGAGAAACAAUCUUUUAGCCAAAGUUUUGAGGAAGGGGAACAGUUGCACAAUGAUUACAAGGAUCUCUUGAGAGGUCUUGCAAAUCUGUUCCAGGCAAUGAAAGACCUGAGAUGCAAGACCCAAGAUUUCCUCAGCACAGGACAGCCUUAUUCAUCUGAAGUGAUUGACCAGUUAGUGACUCUUCAUAACAGACUAAAUAUAUCAACAGAAGAAAGAGUAAAAGAACUUAAGAAAACUUUGAAAUCUUUGAAAGAUCACUGUACCAUGUCCACAAAACUGAACAAUGGCAUGAGUGCUAUUAAGGAACAGCUAACUGAACUUGAUUCUGAGAUGCAAUCAAGUUCCAUAGAUAAAUUGUCCAAACUCUACUCCCUGACCAAAGAUCUAGAAGAGGUGAGCUCUGACCUAGAGAAUCUCUCAAGACAGACUAAGGACUUUGUCCUGUAUUUUGACUCUGUGAAGCUUCGGACUCAGGUGACCUCUCAAGAAGAGGAGCUGCAGACACUGAGGUCAAAGAUCAAAGAAUGUAUCACAGUGUGUGAGAGCCAGCUUAAGGAUAACAUGGACUCACAGACUCAGGUCAACGGCACUUUGUGCUGGCUCCAGAAGCUUAGGGAUAAAUUAAUGUGCCCUUUGACCUUACAAGAAGUGAAAAUCAAGAAAGUUCAGGAAGAGGUCAAAUCAGUACAGGCGCUAGAAGGAGAGAUGCAAUGCAGACUGAGGAUACUGGAUACUGUAACCCAAAAGGAACGACAGAGGUACAGCAGUGAACACAAAACAUUUCCUCAACACUUGGAGACCAGUCUUUAUGAGGUGGCAAAGCUUGAGGCUGACAUCCAGAAAGCGCUGUCCACAAAACAGGCAUCUUUGGAGUCGAUUCUGUCACUUGUACAGAGGUACCAGACUACCAUGACAUCAAUUCAGCAAUGGCUGGAAGAGUGUACUGCUUUUCUUCAGCAAGUAAGUUUGGAGGUAGACUUGGAAAACAACGCAGAGAGCCUCAAAGAAUUAGCAAGUAUUACAGCAAAGGAGCAGACCUUCAAAAGUGGCAUUCAAGAACUGAAGUCAUUGUGCCCAGAACUGGCACACUUCGUAUGCCCUGUUGUCAUGGAGGCAAUACAACAGGACAUUGAGGCUCUUUGUCAAAGUGGAGCAGAGCUCAGCCAGCAGUUGAGAUCUCAAUCGGACAUUCUCCAGAGCUGCGCAGCUCAGUGGAAACUCUUUAAGGAAGACAGAGAGGAGUUAAUCAGGCAGAUGAGUGAAGCUGAGAAGAGGAUGGCAGAGUUCACAACAGCAAAAGCAAACUCCAUCCAGCAUGCUGAGGACAAGCUCCGUGCUCACCAGGCUCUCCUGUCACUAGCGGAUGGUUUUGAAAGCAUGUUGACAAGGUUUAAAGAGAGAUCAGCCAGGUUAGAUGAGGUUGGCACUGAUGCCACUGUUGGACGCUCUGUUUCUGUCCUAUUUCAUCGCUGGACUCAACUGUGCAGCAUAGCAAGAGCUCAGCAGAAGGCACUAGAGGACACUGUGCGGGACUGGAGAUGCUUUGGCGAAAAGAUGGAGAAGGCAAAAGCUGUGUCUGAGGACUUACACAGCCGUGUUCCUGAUGGUGUGGUGGAGAAAGCAGCCAACAGGGCGGCACUUCAGAGUCUGCUGGAUUACCAUGACUCCUUCAGCACAGAGGUGGAGAGAGAGAGCUCCACCCUGACCCUACUGAAACAUCAUGCACUCAGCCUGCUCAGUGAGACAAAGAGCAGCACUCUAGCCAGCCCUAGCAAAAAGUUACAAACCACCUCCAGAGAACCGCAACCUGUCUGUUUACAAGAGAUAAGGGCUAUGCAGGACAGAUAUGCAAGUCUCCUUCAGCAGGUGUGCGUUAGCAGGCAGCAGGUGCAGACAGAGCUGCAGGAGAGAGAGGAGGUGGAGAGGGACCUGGGACGGGUUAAAGACUGGAUUCAGGAUACACAGAGCUUGCUGCUCAGCCCCACUGCUGACCUUGACUCUCUGCUGUUGGACCUGGAGGCGGCACGCGGUAGCGUACUGUCUCACCGACAGACAGUGGAGAAGAUUGCUGAUCGGCAGCAGAAUAAGUACCAGGACCUCCAUGUUACGCUACCAUCUGAGAUCCGCACCCAACUGGCAGAGGUUACUUUGGCUCUGGGGUCUGCUGAGGACCAGGUCCAAGCGAGGGAACGAGAAAUCCAGCAGGCCAAAGAUGUUAAUGAAGACUUCAGCUCCAGAAUGCAAGACUUAUCUGAGAAAAUCAACCUUAUCUCUAUGAAACUGAAGCACAAAGCUACAGACAUAGAGCAGGCUAAAGUAGAGACCAAGAGUUUGUCUGAGGAGCUGGAGGCUUGUGCCCGUGCCCUGUCUGAGUUAGAUGGAGCCAUUCAAGAAUUUGGGGAGCAGAGCCCUCUCUUGUCCAGGCAGCUGAGUGCCCGACUGGCCAAACUGACAGAGAUUCACAGCCAAGCCAGCCGGCAGGCGGAAUCUCACACUGUUCGCCUCAAGAAGGCAGGGAAGCACUUUGCUGAGUUCAAUGAGAUGCUGGGAUUUGUCCUGAACUGGACAGAAAAAGCUGAGACUCUCCUCUCAGGAAACAUCAUCUGGAGUCCCGCCUCCCAGAUGCAAGAGCAAAUCAAGGCCCAUCAGGUGUUGCUACGGGAACGGCAGGAUCUCCAUGGUGAUUUGGAUGGUAUGGUGGAGCGGAUUGCGUUGCUAGGGGAGGUGCUACAGACGGAGGUCAUGGAACAGCAGGUCUCUGAGCUGAGCAGACACACAGAGGAGCUCCAGCAGAGAGCCAAUUCACGACUGCAAAGUCUGCAAGAUGCAUCAAAGGACCUGGGGCGGUUGGAGAGUGAGGUGAAGGCCCUCCAUGCAUCUUUAGAGCGAGUCCAGGUGACCCUCACCUCCCCGGAGCUGGCACACCUCAGCCUUAGGGAGCAGCUGGCCCACAGACAGCUCCUCUUGGCGGAGAUGGAGGGUUUUAAGCAGCAGGUUGAGGUGGUGCAGCUGUGUCAGAGUGCCCUGCGGCUGCCAGAGGAGGUGGUGCUGAGUCUACCCCUUUGUCAGACUGCCCAGAGUUUACAGCAGGAGACCAGUCAGCUUCAACACACCACCAUCCAACAGUGCAAUAUCCUACAGGAAGCAGUGGUGCAGUAUGAUCAAUAUGAACAGGAAGUGAAAAACUUGCAGAGACUGAUAGAGGAAGCCCAUCGUGUCAUCCAGGAUCGCCCUGUUGCUACGGGCAACAUACAGGAACUGCAGGCCCAGAUUCAGCACCAUGAGGAGCUGGCCCAGAAGAUAAAAGGUUAUCAGGAGCAGAUCUCAGCUCUGAAUUCCAAGUGUAAGAUGCUGACUAUGAAAACUAAGCACGCCACCAUGCUGCUAACUGUCAGCGAUGUGGACGGAUUGUCUGACGGCCUGGAGGAUCUCGAUGAAGAGGAGGAGAUGCCCAAACACUCACCAACACACCCCUCUGUUGUCAUGAUGACGGCGGGUCGUUGUCAUACACUUCUUUCUCCUGUUACGGAGGAGUCUGGUGAGGAGGGGACCAACAGUGAGGUGUCUUCCCCUCCUGCCUGCCGCUCCCCCUCGCCUGGGCCUAAUGCUGAUGCUCCCCUUAACCAGGGAACUGGAAGACCUCCUUUGAGCAGAGCCCCACUGCAGCAGCUCUACGACCCGACCAUGGAGUCAGCCGCCUCAGCCAACCUGGACGACCUGCAGCGUUCCUGGGAGACUCUGAAGAAUGUGAUCAGUGAGAAGCAGAAGAGUUUAUAUGAAGCAUUGGAGCGACAGCAGCAUUAUCAGGAGGCCUUACAGUCCGUCUCCACCAAGAUGGAGUCCAUCGAGGCAGCCCUGAAUGAAGGACUGGAACAGGGCAAAAGUCCAGAGAGCCAAAUGGCUGCCCACCAGGCUCUGAUGGACGAGAUCCUGAUGCUGCAGGAUGAGAUCAAUGCUUUGCAGAACUGUUUUUCUGAGGAGCUUCUGGACGACGGACUGGACUCUGACACAGGAGACCAGCUAGCUCUCCAAUCUACUCUGACUGUCCUCGGCGAGAGAAUGGCCACCAUCAGAAUGAAGGCCUCCGGGAAACGUCAGUUACUGGAGGAGAGACUAAGUGAACAGCUUGAGGAACAGCGGCAAGAGCAGGCACUACAACGUUACCAUACUGAAGCUGAGGAGCUGGACCAUUGGCUGCUCAGCACCCGUGCCACCCUCAGCUCCGCACUCCAGCCCCACCCACAGGAUAUGAACAUGGAAGAGCAGCUGAUUGACUGCCAGAACAUGUUGCUGGAGAUUGAACAGAAGGUAGUGUGUCUGUCGGAGCUGUCUGUGCACAGCGAGAGUCUGUUACUGGAAGGGAAAGGUGGGACACGCAGCGAUGCAGAGCAGCUCACACUCAAACUGCACAGUCUGAAAGCCAGCCUGUUAGAACUGCAGAGGAUCCUACAGGACAAACAGACCCACAUCCAGGGUUCUUUGCAGGAACAGGAGGACAGUGAGCCGGACUCGACAAUCUCUCAGAGCCCUAGCGUGUUGGACUGGCUCAGUCAGGCCCGGUCCACACGCAGCCAGCAGCACCAAGACACGGUACAGAAACAGAGGGAGCUGGAGGAGCAGCUUGCACAUCAAAGAAAGUUACUACAGUCUGUGGCCCACAGAGGAGGGGAGCUUCUGAUCCAACACACAACACCCAAUGGAGAGAGUUGUUCAGACAGUACAUUGCAUGAUAAGGCUGAGAAUGUGAGCACGCAGGAUCAGAUGAAACUGAGAUGGGAGAACCUCAGCAAAGAUCUAAACACUAAACUGCAGCUGUCACUCAACACUAUGGAACAGCAACAGCAACAAAGCCCGGUGUGUCAGCGGUCUAGAGUGUCCAGUCCUGGGGGUGUGUUUCCAGGACAACCCUUUACCCUGGAGAACAUCUGCCCUUGGAAACUGUUUGAAACUGUUAGCCGUGACAUGGAAGAAUUGGUAGCAGAGUCAGGGGCCACUGACCUGAGGCAGGUGCGGUCCCUGGAGAUGGAUCUGUAUAGUGCAGCGUUGGCAGCGUCCUCAUGGCUGGACUCUGCUGAGAAUGAGCUGCUGUCUAGUCCUGUCCUGCUGUCCGAGGACUCAGAGACGCAGCUCUGCCGCCUGGAGGGUUUAAAUAAGGAGGUGAAGAGUGUCUACGAGGAGGUGUGCAGGUGUAGGGAGGUACUGGGAGGAGCUGAGAGAAUUUGGGAAGGUGGAGGAGGUGAUGAGGGAGAUCAGGUUAUGAUUGAGGAGGUGCUUGAAGGAUUGGAGGACAGGCUGAAACUCCUAGACUCAGUACUGGAGCAGCGAUGUAGUGGCAUGAGAGACAGGGUUCAGGAGCUAUCAGCCUUUCAGACUGAGUUGCGGUUGCUGUAUGCUGCUCUCAGUGAAUGUAAAUGUCAGUUACUGCAGAAGAUGGCAGGAGCUCUGGAGCGACCAGCAUCUAAACAAAUGGAGAUUCUAUCAGAGGCAGAGGACAGUCUGAGAGACUUUGAGCAGAAAAUAUAUGAACUGAGGAGUAGAGGAGAGACCCUACUCCUUGACCAAGUGUCUGGCCAGGAGCUGCUAAAGAUACAGGAUACAUAUGAGGAGUUGGUUCAGAUGGUUGGCACUCGACGAAGCGAACUCAACCAGAACCUGGUUCUGAAGGCCCAGUACGAGAGGGUUCUACACGAUCUGGUUGACUUGGUUGACACAGCGCAGGACAAAAUGGCUGCAGACCAAAAGAUGACAGUGGGCUCAGUGAUUGAAGUCCAGUUCCUUCUGAAUAAACAUAAGGAGUUCUUCCAGAGUCUGGAAGCUCAUCUGAUCCUGACGCAGGCUUUCUCUCAGAAGGUCAGUGGAGUCCUGGUCCAGAGAGAGCAGCAGGCUUUAGAGCAGACAGUAGCUCAAGCUCAGGCAGUGCUCAAACAAGCCCACAGAAGAGGAGUGGAGCUGGAGGGCAUCCUAGAGGCUUGGAGCAGGCUGGUAGGGGAUUUCCAGACUAUCCAAAGACACUUGGAAACCGUGGAGAGCAAUAUUCCUACUGUGGGACUAGUGGAGGAGACUGAGGACAGACUCAGUGAGAGAAUUGCACUGUACCAGCAUCUGAAGGGCAGCCUAGCAGAGCGGCAGCAGCAGUUAUAUCAGGUGUUGGAGGAUGGCAAGCGUCUGCUGCUCAGUGUUUGCUGCUCAGAUUUGCAGACCCAACUCACACAGCUGGGGGAACACUGGCUCAGUAGCACCACCAAGAUCAACAAGGAGUUACACCGCUUGGACUCCACCCUCAAACACUGGACCAGGUACCAAAGUGACUCUGCCGAGCUCAGUCAGUGGUUGCGGUCGGCUUUGGACCGUCUGGAGUUUUGGAACACCCAGUCUGUUACUGUCCCUCAGGAACUAGAGACAGUACGAGACCACCUCCAUGCCUUCCUGGAGUUCUCUAAGGAGGUGGAUGCUAAGUCAUCUCUCCGCUCCUCAGUGCUUAGUCGAGGGAAUCAGUUGCUGAGACUGAAGAAAGUGGACACGGCUGCGCUCAGGUCUCACCUGGCCCAGGUGGACACACAAUGGGCAGAGCUACACACACAGAUCCCAGUGGUCCAGGAGAAACUCCACCAGCUGCAGAUGGAGAAGUUAGCAUCUCGGCAUGCCAUCACUGAGCUAAUGAGCUGGAUCGCUCUAAUGGAGAACGUCAUCCAGGAGGACCAGAAGAGCAUCAUGGGAGCAGUCGGCUCUGAGGUCGUUCAGAGCUUCCUACAGAAGUACAAGGGUUUCCGGAUUGACCUUUCGUGUAAACAGCUGACUGUUGACUUUGUGAAUCAGUCAGUUCUGCAGAUUAGCAGUCAGGAUGUGGAGAGUAAACGCAGUGAUAAAACGGACUUUGCGGAGCGUCUGGGUGCCAUGAACCGCCGAUGGCAGAUCCUACAGGGACUCAUCACAGAGAAGAUCCAGGCUUUGGAGGGUCUGCUUGAGAGCUGGUUGGAGUAUGAGAAUGGAGUUCAAACUCUAAAAACCUGGAUUAGCACACAAGAGGAGAAACUGAAGAACAAACACAAGCUAGAGGAUGUUGCCUCCAUCCAGAAUGCACUAAAAGACUGUGAGGAACUGGAGGAAUUGGUGAAGGAGAAAGAGAAGGAUUUGGAGAAGGUUGAGGAAAAGGGAUGCUUGCUCAUCCAAGAGAAGAAAGGAGAGGCCUGUUCCAUUGUUAUGGACACUCUAAAAGGACUCAACCAGUCUUGGGCCAAUCUUGACCAUAUAAUUGGACAGAUGAAGGUGAAUUUGCGUAUGGUCUUGGAGCAGUGGAACUUGUAUAAAAGAGCGUCCGAUGAAAUUCAUGGGUAUCUGAUGGAGGGCCAUUACUCCCUGUGCCGUCUGCGUCUCCUCACUGGCUCCCUGGAAGCUGUGCAGUUCCAGGUGGAGAAUCUAGAGAGUUUACAGGAGGAGCUGGAGAGGCAGGAGAUCAGUCUGAAGAAGUUUGGCUCCAUCACUCAGCAACUGCUAAAGGAAUGCCAUCCCUCUGUGGCUGAUUCACUGAACACAUCACUCAGUGAUGUCAGCCACAGGUGGAAUGAGCUACUGGAGCAGAUCUCAGAUCAGCUUAGGAAAAGCAAAACACUGAUGCAGCUAUGGCAACGCUAUAAAGACCUUCACAACCAGAGCAGUGCCAGUGUGCAGAAACAGGAGGAGAAGGCUGACCGCUUGCUAAAGAGUGCCACCCAAAAGGACAUCACUCAACAGGAAGUGACCUCAUGGGUCCAAAACUGCAAUGAGUUGCUAAAAGCUCAGAGCUCAGUGAGGGCCACUCUGCAACAGCUGAGUGAUGUAGGGAAGCAGCUGAGGGAACAGGUGGACCCCUCCUCCAUGGCAACCAUCCACUCAGGCCACCUGUCACUCACUCAACGCCUAGCAACGCUGGAGCACGCCCUCUGCCGACAGCGAGCUGUGCUGGAAGCUGGUGUGAAGGACUUUGAGCGGUUCAGUGAGCAAUUAGAUUCUCUGUCCCAGCACUCAGUCAAGGCAUAUGAAGUUCUCAAAGAACCCGAUCCAUCUGCAUCUUCAGGAACUCCUGUUAUUCUGGGACAGAUGGAGAAACUCAAGGCUCAGAUGCUGAAGUUAAGCAGUUUGUCUCCUGAUCUGGAACGUUUGAAUGAGCUUGCCUACAGGCUUCCUCUUAACGACAAAGAAGUCAACCUUAUGCAGAACCUCAAUAAAAACUGGUCUUCCAACUCUGCCCACAUCAUAGAGAGAUUCAGUAAACUGCAGGCCCUGGUACUGCAGCAGCAGAGUUUCCUGGAGAAGUGUGAGGCAUGGAUGAACUUCCUGUCUCAGACGGAGGAGAAGCUUGCAGCUGAGAUUUCUGGAAAUUACCAGAGUCUGCUGGAGCAACAGAGAGACCAUGAGUUGUUCCAAGCAGAGAUGUUCACCAGACAGCAGAUUCUAUAUUCUAUUAUAAGUAAUGGCCAUCAGCUGCUGAACCAGGGACAGGUGGAUGACAGGGACGACUUUGCCCUUAAAUUGGCACUUUUGAGUAGCCAAUGGCAGGGAGUGGUGAGGCGGGCUCAGCAAAGACGGGGGAUAAUUGACAGCCUUGUUCGCCAGUGGCAACGCUACAAUGAGCUGGCAGAGAAGCUGAGACAUUGGCUACGGGAAGUAUCAUUCAAGUCAGAAGAUCCUCAGCAGGAUAGAACGGUGGCACUACAGCAGGCCCGUGGCAUGCUGGAUCACAUACAGCUGAAGGAGCGGCUUCUGCACCGUCAGCAGGGCACCUACAUCCUGACAGUGGAGGCUGGGAGACAGCUCCUCCUCUCAGCUGACGCUCAGGCGGAAGCCACUCUCCAGACAGAGCUCACUGACAUACAGGAGAGCUGGAGGAACGCUAGCAUCCGACUGGACGAGAGGAAGAAGGAACUGCUCACUUUGCUCAGGGACUGGGAGCAGUGUGAGAAAGGAGUUGCUGCGUCACACGAGAAGCUGAGGGCAUUUAAACGAAAGCUUGCACUCCCCUUACCCGAUCACCAUGAGGAGCUUCAUACAGAGCAGAUCCGCUGCAAGGAGUUAGAGGGCAGUAUUGAGGGCUGGACGGACGAUGUGUUGGCCCUGUUUGUGCUGAGAGAUUCUCUGUCUGCUGAUCUGAGUGCUGAUGACCUCACCGUGCUGCAGGAACGCCUGGAGCUGCUGCAGAGGCAGUGGGAAGAGACCUACCACCAGCUGGCUCUGCGUAAGCAGCAGGUGAGCGAGAAGCUGAAUGAAUGGGCUGUGUUUAAUGAGAAGAAUAAAGAACUGUGUGAGUGGCUCACACACAUGGAGAGUAAAGUCUCUCAGAACGGAGACAUCAGCAUCGCCGAGAUGAUUGAAAAACUACGAAAGGACUAUCAGGAGGAGAUCUCUGUGGCCAGUGAGAACAAGCUGCAGUUGGAGCAGAUGGGUGAGAGGUUGGCUCGGGCCAGUCAUGAGAGCAAAGCGGCGGAGAUUCAGUACAAACUCUGCAAGGUCAACGAGCGCUGGCAACACCUGCUGGACCUCAUAGCCGCCAGGGUGAAGAAGCUGAGGGAGACCUUGGUGGCAGUGCAGCAGUUGGAUAAGAACAUGAGCAGUCUUCGCUCCUGGUUGGCCCACAUAGAGACAGAGCUGUCUAGACCCAUUGUGUAUGAGACCUGUGACACACAUGAGAUUCAGAGAAAACUCCAGCAACAGCAGGAGUUGCAGAGAGAUAUAGAGAAGCACAGUACAGGUGUGGCAUCAGUGCUAAACCUGUGUGAGGUACUCCUGCAUGACUGUGACGCCUGUGCCACGGAAGCAGAGUGCGACUCAAUCCAACAGGCCACGCGCGGUCUGGACCGCCGCUGGAGAAACAUCUGUGCUAUCGCCAUGGAGAGGAGGCUGAAGAUUGAAGAGACAUGGAGAUUGUGGCAGAAGUUUCUAGAGGAUUACUCGCGCUUCGAAGAGUGGUUAAAAGCGUCUGAGAGGACUGCCGCUCUGCCCAAUUCCUCAGGAGUGCUCUACACAAUCGCCAAAGAAGAGCUGAAAAAAUUUGAGGCGUUCCAGCGGCAGGUGCAGGAAUGCCUGACUCAGCUGGAGUUAAUCAAUAAGCAGUAUCGUCGUUUAGCUCGAGAGAACCGCACAGACUCAUCCUGUCACCUGCGUGAAAUGGUGCAUGAUGGGAACAGGCGCUGGGACAAUCUGCAGAAGAGAGUGGCCUCCAUUUUACGCAGGCUAAAGCAUUUCAUUGGUCAGAGGGAAGAGUUUGAGACAGCCAGGGAAAAUAUUCUGGUGUGGCUGACUGAAAUGGAUCUGCAACUGACCAACAUAGAACAUUUCUCUGAGUGUGACAUCCAAGCCAAGAUUAAACAACUCAGGGCCUUCCAGCAGGAGAUUGGUCUGAACACGUCAAAGAUUCAGCAGGUCUUUAAACAAGGCAAGGCCCUCAUAGAGAAGAGUGAGCCCAUGGAUGCUGCUGUCAUCGAGGAGGAGCUGGACGAACUGCAGAGAUACUGUCAGGAGGUGUUUGGCCGCGUGGAGCGAUACUACAAAAAACUCACGCGCCUGCCGCUGGUUGAUGAUGAGGAUGAUGAGUUGGAAGGUUCAGACUGUGACUUUGAGCUGGAGGACUCAGGGGAGUUUUCUGAUCUCCAGUGGGGUGAGGGAAAAUCUUUGCCCCGCCCCACCAGCCGGCCUACCUCAGCACCUAUGGCACAAACUCGAACAGACCGCUCAGGCAGAGAGACCCCUGCCAGCGUGGACUCUAUCCCUCUGGAAUGGGAUCACGACUAUGAUCUGGAGCCCAUGGGUCGUACCAUCUCCUCAGAAAGGGGCGGGCAUGAAAAGGACGAGGAUGAAGAGAUACUAUGCAGUGCCACUACUGCUCUAACAGAUGUAGUGAUUCCUGAGAGUCCUGAGGCAUAUAUUAAACUGACAGAGAGCACGUUGAGGUCUUCCUCUGGUGGACAUGGACAUUUGGAGGCUCGUCUGAGGCAGCUAGAUAAUUCUUUAGACUUGAGCCGCUACAGCCUCCAGCAGACAGAUGGCGCUGUGGACAGCCAGGAUGGUUCAUACAUGGGCUAUAUGCGGUUGAUCGGAGACUGUCGGGGAAGUAUGGACGCAGUGAGGAGAGCUGAGAGGCAGCUGGAUGAAGCUGAGGACGACCUGUCAGGCUUCAGUAAUCCCAACAACACAGAGCCACAGAACACAGGUGUGAUUGAGCGCUGGGAGCUGCUACAGGCACAGUCCAUCAGCGACCAACAGAAGCAGAGAGAGAACCUGCUGUUAUGGCAACAGCUGACCUCUGACCUGGAAGCAAUGGAGACGUGGCUUAGUGAAGCAGAGACAGAGUUGACUCAGCUGAAAGGAAAAGAUCUUAGUGCAGACAUCCAGACCUUCAAGCAGAGAAUCAGAAAACUUAAGGACCUGCAGAAGGCUGUGGACGCCCACAAGUCACAAGUGCUGUCCAUCAAUCUGAGUAGCGUGGAGUUGGUCCAGUCAGACUCUGACGAGACAUGGGAUCUGAGAGACAGACUGAAAGAGAUGAACUCACGUUGGGAUCAUCUAGGGAACUCAUUAGAGGAAUGGAGAACGGCAUUACAGGAGGCACUCAUGCAAUGCCAGGAGUUCCACGAGAUGAGUCACGGUCUUCUUCUGUGGUUGGAGAAUAUUGACCGCAGGAGAAACGAGAUUGUACCCAUUGCGCCAAACCUGGACCAACACACACUCAGAGGCCAUUACAGAGCUCUCAAGCAAAUCCAGCGAGAGCUGCAGGAUUCAGAGCAGAAGGUGGCCUGCCUACAGGAGCUUUCUCAGCAGCUGCUGGUACAGGCCCAGGGCAGCGAGAGUCUGGAGGCUCAGGAAAGAGUGCAUGUCAUCGGGAACCGGCUCCGUCUGCUCCUGAAGACCGUUCGUUCAGACCUGGAGCUGCUGGAGAAAGCACUGGAGACCAGUCAAGACACACAGGAGCUUCAAAUCUUGCCUGCAGUAGACGAAGUAGAUAUGGCAAGAUCCACAGGCUCGAGAUGUGACCUUGGCACUUCCAGUCCAUGGCGCACGCUACGAGGCAAAUGUAGUGUGUCAGAGUCCGGACCCACAGCCAGCCUUCCUCGCCGCAGGUCUCCAGGAGGCUCUCGCUGCGGUUCCUCCCGUUCUAAGUCCUCCCAGCAUUUAGGUGGCGUUGCGGCCGGAUGUUUCCAGCCCUUCUUUUCUCGCGUGCUUCGUGCUGCACUACCCUUACAGCUCCUCUUGUUAUUACUGGUGGGUCUUGCCUGUCUGGUGCCCAUGACCGAAGAGGACUACAGCUGUGCACACGCCAACAACUUUGCCCGUUCUUUCCAUCCCAUGCUCCGCUACACCAAUGGCCCUCCACCCAUAUGAGCCUCCACCCCAAACAGACUGGUCAAGCCCUUAUCAUUUAUUUAUUCUUGCUUGUUCAGACUUAUGGGAAGGAGAAGACAUAAUGGAGCUCUGCCAGUCCUGUAGCCGAAGUUGAUUGUGCUGUGUGUCUAUACAGUUCAAGGCUGCUGCUAUUUGUUGUUACUCUAUGUGAGCGUAGCUGUUAAUAUUGAGGGGGAAAGGGAAGCCAUCGCUGAUGGCUUUUCCAGCGCAAGGAGAUAAAUCAGACAGAGAGACUGAGAUGUGAACGUCUCUCACAUCCAUCCAGCAAACAGGAUAAUGAAGAAGAAUGAAUCUCAGCUGCUUUACAGCACUGAUGUAAACCCAUUUUAAAGUUGCACAACGGAUGAUUUUGAUCAGUUUUUACACCUAAAGAGUUUGUGAUUAAAAAGGUUCAAAUUUCGGUGAAAAGUAAUGUACCACGGCAUUCAGUCUAUGAAAAGCUAGCAUUUCACAUGGCAACAUGAAGCGCUACGCACUUUUUAAACAAUAGCCUAUCAAGUGCAAAACUGCUAAAUCAUGAAUAUUUGUGGAGAUGAUGUGUAGUAUUUAUGCUUUAUACCAGUUAUUUAAAAAAAAAAAUCGAAUAACUGACAAAGCGAAGGGUUUUGUAGCUUACUGAAGGAUCAGUGCUUCAAAAGAUGAAGUGCGUUUGAACAAUAUAAUUUUGAUGCCAGCAACAACUUGAACCGACAUAUUUUAGCACAUUUAGCGAAGUUCCGUUUUGCAACUUUAAGGUACUGCACUUAAAGUCCAAAUGGCCCUCAUUGUCCAAUUUGGCCAAAUAAAGUAUUUUAUUUUUUAUUUCAGUGUUUUAUUUAAGAUGAAACAAGCUCAGUAAAAAAAACCUCUCUUUGACAUUUACAUUGAUUUUGUAAAAUAGCAUUUUAAAAUGCCUUUAGAUUUGACAGUUAUUUUUUUACCUUGAUUUCAUGGCAUGCAAUUUUUAAUCUAUGGUCCUAAAAUAUGCUAAACAAUCAUUAAUAGUCUAUAAGAGACAUGUGCUUUUUAUCAGUGACCAUUACUGAAUGGGUAGAUCUUAACCACUGGGUUGUUAUAAAGAAACUGUAAAACCAAUCCAUUGAAAUGAUGUCAUAAUGCCAUUGGUUA